AUGGCCGACACACAACAAUCUUUCACGCAAAUGGCGGACACCGACCUAGAAUCCAUCGGUCGACACUGCCAACUCGAAUACUGCGGGCAGCUCGAUUUCCUCCCCUUCCGCUGCGAAUCCUGCCAUGGGACAUUCUGUCUCGACCACCGGACGGAGACGGCUCAUAAAUGCGCCCACGCGGGAGACUGGGCCCGACGCCGCAACAACAACAGCAACAACAAGGAGAACAGCAAGACCGGGGUAUCGGCAUCCGCACCGCAGAAACCCACCAUUUACAACACGGCGCAAUGCUCGCACCUCUCCUGCAAAACGCUGAUCAACACGCUCAAGGACCCGGGCGUGCGCUGUCCGAACUGCAAUAGGGAAUACUGUCUUAAACAUAGGUUAAGGGAGGAACACGACUGCGCGAAGAUCGCCCCGCUAGGCGCUCGAGCAGGCCAGGCCCGCCCAUCACCCAACGAGACAAUCCGCUCUAUGUUUUCGAAAGUGCGGUCCUCGUUCAAGCAGGGCGGUGCAGUGCCAAGCAUGCCGACCCUCCUCAAGAAGCCGGGCAGUGGUGGUGGUGGAGUGGGAGGGUCGCCCGUUGCGCGGCUCAAUGCAUUGAAAAGAUCGGCAAAGGGGGACGCGGCCGUCCCCGUCGAUAAACGGGUGUAUAUGCAUGUUGUUGGGACGAGCGAGGAUGAGACCAAACCGGAGCCGCCGCGCGGGGACUUCUUUUACGAUUCGCGCUGGAAGGUCGGGCGCGUGCUUGACGAUGCGGCAAAACGGUUACGGGUCGAGAACAGGAAUAACAGUGCCGAUGGGGAGGAGGCGCGUCUGCGCGUUUUUCAUGUCGAGUCGGGCGAGUUUCUGGAAUUCUCGCAGUCGAUUGGUGAGGGGCGAGUCAAGCAGGGGGAUACCAUUGUCCUAUUAAGGGGAGCGGGCCCUUUGCUGGGGAAGUAA